GUCAGGAGUUAUUUUCAGCAGUCUGUCUUUGGGACUGAUCUACAAUAACGUGUUCCACUCACUGGGACCUGUCUGAUGUGGUGAGGAUCAGACAAACCUGUCAUACCCUGUCCUUAGGAUAGAAAGAAGAGAAACUGGCAUUCAAAUAAUGGCAGAUCAUGGAGACCCAUGUAACGGGUUAGAUGCGUCCUACUGUAUGAAUGGAGGAAAAUGCUUUAAAAUUCCCGUUAUGGACACGCUCACCUGCGUCUGCAAUGAAAACUACAAAGGCAGUCGGUGUGAGCAGUACCAGCUGUCCAUCACUGCACAUGAUGCAGAGACGUCAGGAGUGAUCGCUGCUGUGUUCAUCCUUGCCCUUCUUAUUCUAGUUGUGUUGGCAGCAGUCAUCUACAACACCUGCAAGAUGUUGAAGUCCAAACCAUAGUACGGGAGAGAACAGCCCAGAGAUUAAAGCCUGGUGUGUAUUGUUUUGGAGUCAAUGGAUAGGAUAAAAUGGAUGAUGGUGCAAUACAUAGUGUGUGUGUGUCUGGCUGCUGCAGGAAAUGAUUUAGUGAAGGACCAAGAGAAGACGUGACAUUCUGCAGCCAGAGUCAAAUGUCAAGCUGCAGCCAGUCUGCGUUACCAUCUGAAACUGCUGCAAACACGCAGGCCCAACAGCAUUUCCUCCCCGAGUGUGAAUGUGUGGUAGACAAAAGAAUUAAACCUGCUGGUUCCGUGUGUGUUAUGUCAACAGGUAUUCACCACUGUAACAUAACAUAUGAUUCAAAAGUGGUGGGGGAAAGAAAUUGAGUGAUAAAUGAUGCCGUCACUCAGAGCAGUGCUAUGUAAAGACUUGUGCACAGUAUUUGGAAUGUUUUUUUAUGAGUGGUGAAAACGAGUAUACAUGCACUCUACUUUGCUCAAUAUACAAUCUAUUUGUUCCACUAAUAUAAUGUGAAGCCCAUUAUUAACUGCCAAGUAGUAAGCAUCUUGUAAUAUUUAAAGAAUGUUUAAAGCAAAGAAAAACUAGAAAUUGUACCUGUGAAUGAGGAUAAGCAUUCUCUUUUUCAGAAUUUACUGUCAAGCAAGACCAUUGUAUGUUGAUGAGCUUUAUUUACUAUAGUAUAGAGGAUUAUUGACAUUCAUAGUCAGGUUUACACAGUGUCUUUAUUUACAUUGUGUGGCCCCUCCCGGGCCAACCCACUCUUUUUGUGAAACUGAUAGCAUAUACCUAUUUUUAUUCCCAUUUUGCAGACAAGACCGGCCUGUCAGUUUGUUUGAAAAUUGGGGUAAAGAUGUACUGUGAAAUAGUAGUGCAGGUUGUAAUGAAUUGUAAGACAUAGUAUCUCUUUUGACUCUGCAGAUCUGAAGCAGAAGCGGCUUGGAAAGACAUCCAAAGUGGAUAUUUUAUAAUACUCAGCUAAUAAUUCAGAGGUUCAUGACACCUCUGCCCCUUCAAACUUUUCAUGGUAUUCGGCUUGAGAGGCCUAGUAAAUAUUUAUCUGAAUAUCUCCGAUAAAAGGUCCGGUGAAUUCAGCUUCAAAAAUGGACCCACUCUGAACACUUCCCAACGCAGAGACAGGGAGGCAGACAUUUACAGUGAUACAAUCAGUCAUAUGUGAGGAAAUCUCACAAUAGGAAGAGACAGAAAACAUGUAAUGGUGUGAUAUUGAAGAAUAUUUAGGUGAUACAUUAUGUCCAUCUUCAUUAGAGGGCCUUAGUGCAUGUACAUGUUCAAGCAGGGGAACACUAGCCUUCACCAUUUUUGCUUAGUCAUAAGUAAGAAGUAUUACAGCAGGUGCUGCAUCUAUGCAUUAAAUGUGUCAGAUUGCUAAUGUUUUCUUUCAACAAAUCUCUAUGGAAUAUUUAUAUUACUAUAAUGUUAAGACAUGCUACUGUUUUGUAACUCCAC